AUGACGGGGGCUGAAACGUCUCCGGGUGUUUCGCCGACAAACAGUGCAACUGCCCUAGUGACGGUUACCUCUGCGUCUGCAUUUCCAACUCGCACAGCUAUGGCUUUAGGUAUAACGCAAACUACUCCAUGCGAUACUUCUCCAGGAAUUGCUUCGAGUACAGCACUCCAGUUUGAAUCUCCUCCGCCCUUCACAUCCGUCACUACUGGCAAAUGGAGCUCCGUUAAUAGCCAUUCUUCAGCGGCGCCAUCAAGCUCAGUCUAUAUGACUUCACUCUCUUCAAUGACAGGGAGCCCAGUAUCAACUGCGCGGCCCACUCAGUUCGCAACAUCCACGGUUUACUCAACUGAAAUUGUGACGGUUACUGCGUGUCCAUCAACUGUGUACGACUGUCCUGCAUCCCAACGGACAACUUAUGUUACGACGAAGACCAUCGCCAUUUCGACAACAGUGUGCCCGAGAAUUGAAAUUUUUCAGCUGACGGAUUUAGCGAUUGAGAUCACUGCCGCAUCUCGUGCGGUUCCUCAGCCAACACUGUACAUCGUAGCUCCUCCAGCAACCACACCAGGCGGCGUUGGCCCGACUGCAUUCACGCAAACCAUGUCGGGCGCGACGGUGUCAGCUUCUAUUGCUGCCUCCUCCCUAGGCAGCAGCAGUGCCACAUUGAAGGCGCGACAGGGCCGUUUCCGUCUCCAAGCUGUGCAGAAAAUGGCGAUUCUCCAGCUCAGAGUUCCGCCGCAUCGCAAGGUACAAUCAUUGGUCUCCCGAAUCCCGGUGAUGUUCAAACCAGCAACAUCAGCCAAGUACCCACAGGUUUUAUAA